AUGUGCGUCCAUAUUCUCAACGCCCAGGUUUCCAUUCGCGCCCCGUGCUGCAAGAAGAAGUGGUUCGACUGCGCCGAGUGCCAUGCCGCCGUCUCCAACCACGAGCUCCACCGGUCCACCGAGAUGGUUUUCGCCUGCAAGAAGUGCCGGAAGGUCUUCCGCAAGGAUCUCAGCGAGUACGAGGAGGCCGAUGAGUUCUGCCCCCACUGCGACAACCAGUAUAUCAUCCCGGCAAAGACCCCGAUGGCCGGCAUCGGCCUGGAGGGUGAUGACCCUCGGCUGGUGCGAGAUGACCGCCAGCGCGAUCGUCGCCAGGAGGAUCGCUACCGCUAA